AUGGACACCCAAGGCCAGGAUGAACUCUACCCGAUUGCGAUCCUUAUGGAUGAGCUCAAGUCUGAGGAUGUCCAGCUCCGUCUGAAUGCUAUCCACCGCGUGUCAACUAUUGCACUUGCCCUUGGCCCCCAGCGCGCACGCGACGAACUAGUGCCCUUCCUACUCGACUCCCUCGACGACGAAGACGAGGUUCUGGUCGCUAUUGGUGAGGAACUUGGCAAUGGGCUUGAGGAAUACAUUGGUGGCCGCGAAUAUGCACACCUACUAUUACCCGUUCUUGAGAAAUUGUCGACAAUGGAGGAGACCUUGGUACGCGACAAGGCGACAGAAUCGAUUAACAAGAUUGCCGGGCUAUUAUCUGCGCGCCAGGUUGAAGAGUAUCUCGUACCUAUGGUUCGCAAGCUCUCGAGUGGUGACUGGUUUACUUCUCGGACUUCUGCGGCCGCACUAUAUGUAUCCGCAUACCCUUCCUCCGCAUCGCAUAAGGAUGAGCUUAGAAAACUCUACUCGAGUCUUGCGCACGAUGAUACUCCCAUGGUCAGGCGAGCAGCCGCCAAGGGACUCGGUCCGUUUAUCAAGAAGCUCUCCAAGGAACAUUUACUCUCUGAAGGCUUGCCUAUUUACAAAAAGCUGGCAUCCGACGAUCAAGAUUCAGUCCGUUUGUUGACAGUCGAGGCCCUCAUCGCUAUCGCGGAACAACUCAAGCCUGCAGAGGUCAAAGAACAAUUGCUGUCUCAGAUUCGACAAGCUGUCUCAGACAAGAGCUGGAGAGUCAGGUAUAUGGUUGCCAACAAUUUUGUGAAGCUGGCUUCGGUUGUUGGUCCAGAAAUCAUCCGAGAUGAGAUGGUCGGCGCAUAUGUUCAAUUGCUGAAAGAUAACGAGGCCGAGGUACGCUCAGCGUCCGCCAGUCAGAUUCCUGGAUUUUCCAAACUGCUUGAUCGUGAUGUCAUCUUGGCUCGUGUCUUGCCUUGCGUGCGUGAUCUCUCCACGGACACCUCCCAACAUGUUCGGGCUGCUCUCGGAAAGGAGAUUGCUGGAUUGUCUCCGCUACUCGGCCGGGAAGGCACCAUCGAUCAUCUUUUGCCUCUGUUCAUGCACCUAUUAAAAGACGAGUUCCCUGAGGUCCGAUUGAACUUGAUUGGAAAGCUGGAGCAAGUGAUUGGGGUUAUCGGUAUUGAGAUGCUUUCGCAAUCGCUCUUGCCCGCGAUUAUCGAAUUGGCCGACGACAAACAAUGGCGUGUCCGACAGGCCAUUAUCGAGUACAUCCCUCUUCUUUCGACACAGCUUGGUGUAACAUUUUUUGACGACCAACUGAGCAAUCUUUGCAUGUUGUGGUUGGGCGAUAAUGUAUAUAGCAUCCGUGAGGCGGCGACAGUCAACCUGAAGCGCCUGACCGAAGUAUUUGGGGUUGACUGGGCCAAGACAACCAUUAUACCCAAAGUACUUGCGAUGGCCAAUCACAAUAAUUAUCUUCAUCGAAUGACGACGGUAUUUGCGAUUGCUACCAUGGCACCAAGCCUGACCGUAGAGGUCAUCCGUGAUAGCGUUCUCCCAGCUAUGCUUCAGCUCGUCACGGAUCCUAUCCCUAAUAUCCGUUUCAAUAUUGCGAAAUGCCUUGAAAAGUUAGGUGGCUCCCUUUCUGCUUCUGGCUCGCCCGAGGGUCACGAGGUUGCGCAGCGAUCGAUUGUGCCUGCUCUUGAAAGUUUGCGCAACGAUCCUGACGCAGACGUACGAUACUUUGCUACCAGGGCGUUAGAGAAGACAUUGGGAGUCCAGGUUCGGUCCACAUCUUCUAAUUACUCCCAACCCGUCAUCUCGAACACCAUCGUGACCACCAGUAUCGUCAUCUUGUCGAUCACCACUUAUCCACCGGCUAUCAUCUUGUUAUCCAGCUUUACCAAACAAGCAGCUUAUUUCACUACAGCUUCUCCCAAGCUUGCGGUUUACCUGCCCUCGAUGAUGCGCAUUCCGUUCUGGUCGCUUUUACGUCUUGUUUUUCUGCUAGCCCUAGUCUCGGUUACUAAGGAACAAGAAACUGGUCCGCCUAUUAUCCCAUCGCCGAUCACGAAUACGCUGCCUAUUACUACAAGUCCGACCAGUGCCAGUGUUAGUACACCGACGACGACGAUCAUACCCACACGUUCUUCCAGCACACAGGCUGGUACUGAUGUGGGCACGACUUCAACUCGUGCACCUGGAACGUCUGCCUCGACGUCGGUUUCAGGUAGCCCUAGUGUUAGCUCGCCUCUGAGCUUCACCGCUACCUCUGGGAGUGCGAGUGACAUCGCUACCCCUUCCCCGACGAUCAUCCCUAACUCAUCGGGCGAUCUCAAUCGCCCCUGGACGACAAUCACCAUCGCAGCACUCGGGAUCGCUUUUUUGGUCGUCGAGUACGUAUAA